AUGGAAGAUUCAUUCCAGCGUCAUCUGGAGGCGCUAAAUGCCGUAUAUGAGCAGGUGAUCUCGGAAAAUGCCGAACUUCGGAAGCAGCUGGGAAACCCUGGCUCCGGGCCUCCGCUCCCACCAGUGGCAACAUUGGCAACAGUCUCCACCCUAAAUCUGCAGCAGGAAAAUUCGCCUCAGCUUCCUGGAGCCUUGAUUGAGAGUGAGAAUCUCCAGCCGAAUCUCUUCGACGGAACGGCCGCAAAGGCCUUUGAGAAGGAGGGUGAAGAGCUGGAGGACAUCCACAAUGGUGUUGAAAGCCAUCCGAUAACAUCUCUCCCAGAGUCACCGUCCCCACCUGAAUGUUCCCCGCCGCCUCUGACGGACUCGAAGUCCAAUCAUGCCAAGCCAUCCCAGCGGCGCAGCAGUUUCAUACGGCAGUCACUCAUGACAGUCAACUCAGGUGAGGAGACCGAGGAUGAUGCAACAUUUCUGUUGCUGCUGGACGUUGUCCCAGCCGUUGUUAUCUUGAUCAGUGCAGUGGUUGCCGGCUUCAGUGCUGACAUUGCACCCGAUCACACAGUAUGGGUCGUUCUAGAGAUGCUGUUCACCUUGUUCUUCAUUGGGGAGAUUGUGGUGAAGAUGAAAGUGUUUGGCCUGAAGGAGUACAUGUGGGGUGCUGACUGGUACUGGAGUUGGUUUGACAUCCUUUGCGUCAUACUGGCAAUUGUGGACCUGAGCCUGAACUUGUCAGCAGCAGCCGAAGGCACUCAGAGCGACACGGGGGCUCUGAGUUCUUUGAAGAUGCUGAAGCUAGCACGCUUGGGCCGCAUCGUGCGCUUGCUCAAGUUCAAGAUCUUCCAGGAACUCAAGCUCAUGAUCCAGGGCGUUUUCACUGGGCUGCGUGUGCUCUUCUGGGCUGUGGUCUUGCUUGUAGGAAUGAUGUACCUGCUUGGUGUGGUAACGCGAACUGUAUUUGGUUCAGAUCAUGCUGAGUUUGGGUCAGUCCCUGUUGCUAUGCUCACCAGCUUCCGCUGCUUCACAGAUGGAUGUGUAGCUUUUGAUGGCACGCCACUUCAGGAGAAGCUCCAGAAGGACUUUGGUGGUGCAUUUAUGAUCGCUUACAUUCUCCUUUUCCUCUUUGUCACCAUUGGGAUUUUCAACCUGAUCAUGGCCGUCUUCAUUGACAACGUCACGGAUGGAAGCACAAAGAAGCGACAGCGGGAGCUUGGACAAAAUGCACCUAAGACAGCUUUCAUUAUCUCCGAUGCGCUCAGACACCUUAUCCUGAUGAACAUCUUGCGAAAAGAGGCAGAGGAUGAGGCGGCUGAGAUGGAGAAGAAGGGUCGGCCCCGCCGUGUCUCGAAGAUUCUGAAGGAGAAGCUACGGGGCCUAAAAGAAAUGUAUGGCUACAAGCCGCACAGUCAGCACGAAUAUGACGCGCUCACGGCCCAAAUCCGCGCAGAGAUGGUUGAGAGAAACAUUGUUGUCACCAAGGACGAGUUCAAUCAUUGGCUUCACACCGAGAAGGGCCUCUUGGAAACGCUAGACGACUGUGAGAUAGACUUGUCCUGCAAGUUUGACUUGUUUGAUGUACUUGACGCAGACCUGUCCGGCGAGCUGGAAUUUGAAGAAAUGAUUGACGGCUUGUUGAAGUGCCGGGGCCCUGCCUCCAAGACGGAUAUCAUUGCAAUCCGCCUCAAGACAAGACUGCUGGUGCGAAUGAUGAACCGGGUUUGUGAGAAGCUAGGUAUUGAGGGUAUUGAGGCCGAAGAAGACUAG